CAUAUCCAACAUAUUCAGAAUAAUAAUAAUAAUAACGAAAACGAAACUGAUUAUCUUCAUCCAAUCAUUACAUCAUUUUCAUUGGCCAAUAAUCAUCAUAGCGGUAGCUGCCAUAGAAGUAAUAUUAGAUUCGAUAAACAAAUUCAUAGUACCAGCAAAAGUAGUAAUAGUAGUGUUAGUCAUUCACCAUCAUCAUCAUCAUCACCACCACCACCACCAUUAUUAUCAUCAUUCAAUCAAACAGAGAAUCAAACAACAACAACAACAGCACAACCACGGACACAAUCACGAAAAGAACCGGAAACAACGAUCGAAAAUAAUAACGAAGACGAUAAACAGCAACAACAACAACAACAGCCGAAUGCUAUGUACUCAAGUAGCAUAUCAUUAUCACCAUCACCAACACAAACAUCGACAACCACUAACAAUACAUCCCAAUCAUCAGCAGCCAACAAUAAUUCCUCUGCCAACAUUAAUAAUAAUAAUACCAAUACAAUCACCACCCAUUCUUCUACCACUUCCACUUCCUCUUCAGUUACUUCCUCCUCAUCUUCAACAACAACAUCAUUAACGUCAUCGAUAUCAAUAAAUCGACAAUCGCCACAACAACAGCUUCCAGCAUCAUCAUCAGCGGAACAACAAUCAAAUAUUCUAAGUAUCUCAUCGAAUACGUUAUCAUCACAAUCGCAAUCACCUUCACUGACAACAACUUCGACAAUAACAAAUAGAGACCAACAACAACAGGAAGCAUUAAUAUGGUCAUCAACAGUAUCGGAUGUUACGAACAAAAACGCCCAACAACAAUACUCAUCAUCGAUAAUACCUCAUCAUACAACAACGGGACAACAACAACAACAACAUCAUCAAUUGAUUUGUCCAUCAACAACAACUCAAUUUAUAGCUAUUCCCGAUCAUCAUCCUCAUCAUUCUCAUCACCAUCAACUUCAUCGUCAUCACAAUCCACAUCCGCAUCAACAACAUCAUCAACAGCAUCAACAACAACAGAAUCCUCAAUCAAUAUCUAUAGUAACCGAAACAAUUUCAUCAACACCCUCCUCAACAACAACAUCAUCGUCAUCAUCAUCACCAUUCAUAACGAUAUCCGGUGGCCAAUUAGAUUCUAUUCAUGGAACAAUUUCCGGUGAUCCAUUAUCUGCAGCUACAAGUUAUACACAAAGAGCUGAAGCGAUAUUUGCCGGUACAUCAUCAUCGUUUAUAACGCCACAAUCAACACAUUCUAUUUAUGGUAAUACUGGGACAGGACAAAGCUGUACACAGCUACAAACUACCGAUUUAAUUGGUGGCAAUGUUCUUACAAUCAAUGGUUCAUCAUCAACAUCAGCAUCAUAUAUAACACCGUCAACAUUAACGUUAGCUGCACCGGCGGCUAUUGUUGGUGAAGAUUUAUUUAUUAGUCGGGCACCGCAACAACAACCUCCACCACCACUACCAUCUACAACAUUCCAAUGUCCAGCGGCUAGUUUUUCCACAUCAGCAGCGGCAGCCGCAAGUCUACAUAAAUAUCAUGCCACACAAUGGCCUUAUUAUACGGCAACGACAUCCACAUCAACUUGUACGCCAUCUACAUUAGAAUAUUCAAACAUUGUUGUUCCAGGAACAUCAUUAUUAACGACGGGCAAUAUCAUAUCGGUUAAACAGGAAUUAUGCGACACAGAAUCCACCAGUUAUGGUGGUUCAAAUAUUUCAACAGCUACCGAUAUUAUUAAUGUCACUGCCAAUGAUCCAUUGACGAAUUCACCAUCGUCAUCAUCUGGAUUAAUAUUGGAAAGUGGUAGCGGCACUGGUGCUGCUGAAACCGGUAGUAGUGGACGUGAAUCCCGACGAAAUUCUAAUCAAAGUUAUAGCGGAUCAACAACUAGCGGUGGUCAACAACAACCACAAGAAAGGCCAGCUACAUUGGCCGAAUAUAAUCAAUCCACAUCGAAAGGACAUGAAAUAUUAAGUCAAGCAUACCAGAAUAGUCCAAUACCGUUGAAAUUGUUGCCGGUUAAAACACGUAAAUAUCCAAAUAGACCAUCGAAAACACCGGUUCAUGAACGGCCAUAUGCAUGUCCAAUCGAUGCAUGUGAUCGUCGUUUUUCGCGUAGCGAUGAACUGACACGUCAUAUCCGUAUCCAUACCGGACAGAAACCAUUUCAAUGUCGUAUUUGUAUGCGUUCAUUUUCACGAAGCGAUCAUCUCACUACACAUGUACGUACACAUACUGGUGAGAAACCAUUCUCAUGUGAUCUCUGUGGUCGUAAAUUCGCCCGAAGUGAUGAAAAGAAACGUCAUGCAAAAGUACAUUUGAAACAAAAAAUUAAACGUGAGCGUGGAACAUCCGGAUCCGGUGGUAAUCGUAGUGGUCAACGUGGUGGUGGUGGUGUUAGUGGUCAUAGUUCAAGUUCAAAUUCUCAACAACAACAACAACAACAACAACAGCAACAGCAACAAAUAGCUCUAUCUCAACAGCAACAUACAACAACAAUGUCUUCAUCAAUCGCCUCACAAUUAUCAGCUAGUCUUUGUCCACAAUCUUCUAUGAUCACUGGUCAUCAUAGUGGUGAACAUUUAAUCGCUGGUCUUUCAUCGUCAGCAUCAACAACAUUACCACCAUUACCAUCGAUUAUGACAUCAUCAUCAACGAUUUGUGGUACACCACAAUCAUCACAAAUUAUUGGUGGUGGUACAUUGCCAACAUUACAUUAUACUCAUUCACAUCUAUAAAACAAAACAAAAAAUAACGUGCAAUUCCUCCCUCAAAUAUACCCUUCAUAUUGGAACAAAUGAGAAAAAAAAAUAAUUCAUAAAACACGCACACACACACACACACAGAGAUUCAUUAAACC